AUGAAUCACGACAUGCAAGAUCCGACUAAGUCCCAUCUAAUUGUGAAGGUGAAGGGUCGUCCCUCAUCUCUAUUUGACUUAAUGGAGCGUAUAGUGGAGGACGGGGUCGACAUAUUCCUAUCACCGGUCACUUCGAGUGCUUAUUUCGAUUACACCGACAAAAUCGGCCAAAUUAACGCCAACUACUCGUUUAAAUACACCAAUAAUAUGGGCUAUUUGGAGGUGGGCACAUUUAUAGCCAGGACAACUAUCGGUGCCGCGCCAUUGCUCACAUACUUCCGGUGCUUUCAGCUAAACCACUUAUCGCCAUAUCUUUGGUCUCAUCUCUGA